AACUCUCUAUCAGGAUCGAUGGUUCCCCUUUUGUGCCAUGACAUGGACAGAAGAAGCAAUUUGGAGUACUUGGACAUGUCCAACAACAAAUUAUCUGGAGGGCUUACAGAUUGCUGGACGAAUUGGAAAUCGUUGCUUCAUAUCAAUCUAGGAAACAAUGAUCUAAGUGGCAAGAUUCCCCCAUCAAUGGGAUUGUUGGAAAAUCUUACAUCACUCCAUUUGCAUGAGAAUAAUCUCUCUGGAGACAUACCUCUCUCUACAAAAUUGCCACUCCUUGUUGAUCCUGAAUGUUCGCGAAAAUCGCUUCUCAGGAAGUAUACCAAACUGGCUUCCACACAAAGCAAGGGCUCUCCAACUAAGGUCCAAUCAAUUCACUGGUACCAUUCCACCACAGAUAUGCCAAAUGCAUUCCCUCACUAUCUUAGAUUUUGCAGAUAACAGAAUCUCAGGACACAUACCAAGCUGCAUAAACAAUAUCACAGCUAUGGUUGUCCAUGUUCGUUCAGUCAUUGCAAUUGGCUACAUCUUUUAUAUUGAUGGUACGCGUUACAUCAUACGAGAAAAUCUUAUGCUGCUUAUGAAGGGUAAAGGAUUAGAAUAUGAAGACUGGAAUUUGAUUCGCAUUGUUGACCUUUCAAGCAAUGAUCUGCUUGGAACAAUGCCUGCACAAAUGUUUAGCCUCACUGAAUUGCACUCCUUGAACUUGUCCCACAAUCAGUUAGUGGGGAAGAUACCAAAGGAAAUUGGCAACAUGAGAGAACUUGAGUCCCUUGAUUUAUCAAGGAAUCAACUUUCAGGGACACAACUUCAAGGCUUUGGUGCACUCAGCUACAUUGGAAAUCUUGAUCUUUGUGGACCUCCACUUACAAAAAGUUGCUCACAUGAUGGUAUAUUUGGAGGCACAGAGCCUUUGGAUGCUGAUGAUGAUGAUGAUGAUAAGUCUCAGUUUUGGUCAUCUUUCUAUAUGGGCAUGGGGGUUGGUUUUGCUACCUGCUUUUGGGGAGUGUGUGCUGUCAUCUUCUUCAAUAGAAAGUGGAGACAUGCUUAUUUCAGAUUUUUGUAUGACUUAAGAGACCAGCUCUAUGUCAUGGUGGUCACAAAGAUGAACAAACUUUUCAAAUAGCCCUCAAAGUAGUGUUUCUCAAGUAUAUCCUGCUAUUACAAUAUAUAUUAAUAGUGAAACCAAAUUGUAUGUUUUAGACUAUAAAGUUUCUUUAUUGUCAUGAAUAAUAUAUCAAUGUUACAACUUACAAGU